UAAAUCUAGUGACUCACAUAGGAAGGAGAGCGUAUAAAAACGAAGAGAGGCGGUCAGAGAAUCAUAGCCACUGUGAGCACUGUGAAGACAACACAGCAGUCCAGAUGGAAUCCAUGAAAAGCAAACCAAGAGAUGCCACUGGCAGUGAUCUGUCUGAGCAAAUAAAAGCAGCCACCAAAGACAGUCACGUCCGAGCUGAGAACACACAGCUGAUGCUCAACUACCAGAAAGGACAGAUCACGCAAACACAGUACAAGCUCCUGCUGUGUUCCCUGUAUGAGAUCUACCGAGCACUCGAGGAAGAGCUGGACAAGAACGCCCAUCACCCGGCGGUUCAGCCCAUCUACUUCCCUCAGGAGCUGGCCAGACUGGAGUCUCUGGAGCUGGACCUGGAGCACUUCUUCGGGGACCAGUGGAGGAAGAGCGUAACAGUGCCUGCCGCCACUCACAGAUACUCCCAAAGACUGAGAGAGAUCGGCAAGAACAGCCCGGAUCUUCUGGUGGCCCACGCUUACACGCGCUAUCUUGGCGACUUGUCAGGAGGACAAGUGCUGGGCAAAAUUACCCAGAAAUCUUUGGGCCUGAGCGGCGACAAGGGAAUUUCGUUCUUCUCGUUUCCUGGAGUGUCGAGCCCCAACAGAUUCAAGCAGCUGUACAGGAGCAGAAUGAACAGCAUCGAGUUAACGGAGCGGCAGAGACGGGAAGUGCUGGACGAGGCCACUAGAGCGUUUGAGUUCAACAUCGAGGUUUUCGACGAUCUUCAGAAAAUGCUGAGCAUCACGGGGGACGUUUCAAGAGACACCUCAGCCCAGCCUACAACCUUCUCCAGCUCUCCAGUGCUUCAGUUCGCUCUGGGUGUGGGAAUCACUUUGGCAACUGUUGGAGUGGGAGUUUAUGGCUUUUAAUUUAUAAUUUUUUUUUUACUACAUCUUAAUACUUAUGUAACAAGGUAAAAUCUAAUCAUGGAUAUUAUAAAAUAUGCACCCAGUAAUAAAUCAAGUGCAUCAAGUAAUUAAAAAUAAAAAUCAGUUCUCAUAGAUUUAGAAAGAGUAUCAUGUUAACAAUUUCCCGUGUUUAAAAUGCUCAUUUGCCUUUAUUACUGCUUACGAUGUAUUUCUGUGAAAUGCAAUAAAGCCUUUUUUUUUUUACGUUCAA